AUGAGCGGAAACAUCAAAGCUUAACAACUUCGAAGGGCGCGAAUCACAAUUCACAACUCUAUAACUCCUUUUUUCUCUCUCGAGUUUGCCUCCGCAUCUCCGCACAACUUUGCAGCUUUUCUCUGCUCUUUGUUUUCUCUACUUUCUGUCUCUUCCUCCGCUGAGUUCGAGUUCAUCUCUCACCCUCCUCCAUGGAGUCCUCCGUUACGCUUCGAUCUUUUCACUAUUUUGCAGGUGGUUCACGUCUGCAGUUAAUUGAGAAACCAAGUAAAAUUUCUGUGUGUAAUAUUAAAAAGUCGUGCAUUCAAGGACUAUCAGUUUUUGGCAAGCCAAUCUAUAUUCCAACAAACCAGAAGAGAACGGUGGUAUUGUGCACAAAGACGCCAGACGUUUCUGAAACUGCUAAACCCAACGAUAGUGUACUCCGAGGUUCAGCGCAGAAAAAGCCUGCAGCGAAUGCAACUUUUCCUGAUGGACUUGAAGCAUUGGUGCUGGAGGUCUGUGAUGAAACCGAGAUUGCUGAACUAAAACUAAAGGUUGGAGAGUUUGAAAUGCAUUUGAAGCGGAAUCUUGGAGUCGUAAAAGCUCCUCUGUCUGCCAUUUCUCCAACAGUCCCUCCGCCGAUUCCUUCUGAACCCAUGGUUGAGUCAGCUGCUACUGCACCAGAACCUCUGAAACCUUCUCCAGAGAAGACAACUCCUUUUACCAAUGUUCCCGUGGAGAAGUCGUUGAAGCUAGCAGCUUUGGAGGCAUCUGGAAUAAAAGGAUAUGUUCUGGUUUCUUCUCCUACGGUUGGAUCAUUCCUAACGGGCAGAACAAUAAAAGGAAAAAAGCAGCCUCCGAUCUGCAAAGAGAAUGAUGUAAUAAAGGAAGGACAAGUAAUUGGAUACGUCGAUCAGUUUGGCACUGAACUUCCUGUAAAGUCAAAUGUGGAUGGAGAAGUAUUGAGGGUUCUCUUCAAGGAAGGAGAAGCUGUUGGCUAUGGCGACCCGCUGAUUGCUGUCUUGCCAGCGUUCCAUGGAAUCAGGUGAUGAUCCUUAUAAAUCUUUUUGAAGAUCAAGGUUUGCAGAUUUCUGAUUUCCGUCAUUCUUUUUUGUCUACUGUCUCUCUACCGGAACGUGGUUUAGACAACGAGGGUUUAAUCAACCUGGUACCUAUACUUUUUUUGUGGAUUGAUUUCUUUAAUUUAUCUUUUUGAUAAAAGAUUUCUUUAAUUUC